AUGAAACACUCUCGGUUAUCACGACCAAAUGAUCUGGACUUGAAAUGUUACGUCGGGCUGCUUUCAGGGCCCUACUCCCUGUCAUGGCCCGGCGCCCUCAGGGACACUCGCCGUCAGGGGGACGCCAAGGGCCAGAAUCACUUAGCCGGUAGCUCCCCGCAGAGGCGUGGCCGCGGGGGGCCGUGGUCCGUGCAAUGCGGGCCGCGGGGGUCCAGGGAGACCAGCCCAGACUUGCCUCGAUUAUUCUUCAACCUGCAUCCUCGCUUUGCCCCAGUCACCACCACCGCCUCUCCCAACACUCACACCGUCACGCCCUCCAUUAGACCAAGCAUCUCCAGGGCCGCAUGUCAGGGGGAGCGGGCGAGAAUACCUAAGCAGGGGCAGGCUGGCCACACGCGAGGGCCCUCUCUUGUGUCCACGCGGCUCCAAGGCUCAACCUCUCCCCACCUCCGCCUUGAACACCCCAUCAACCGGCUGCCCAUCAUGGCCAAGCAGGUGCUGGAUCUGUACGAGCUGUACAAGCUGGUGGUGGAGCGCGGCGGCCUGGUGGACGUCAUCAACAAGAAACUGUGGCAGGAGAUCAUCAAGGGCCUCAAGCUGCCCUCCUCCAUCACCAGCGCCGCUUUCACCCUCAGGACGCAGUACAUGAAAUACUUGUAUCCUCUGGAGUGUGAGAAGAUGAAGCUAUCCAACCCUACGGAGCUACAGAACGCGAUUGACGGGAACCGAAGAGAGGGGCGCCGCUCCUCCUAUGGGAACUACGGGGACACUUGCCAGCCACCCAUGCUUCCCCUACAGAACCUCCAGUCCCUACAGAACCUCCAGAACCUACAGAACCCCCUCAGUCUGGUCCCGCGGCCGCAGCUCAACGGGAAUGGCACCGCCCACCCUCUCGCGCCACAGGAAUAUUUGUUGGGUCGGGGCGGCUCUCCCCCGGGGUCGCAGGAGGCGUUGCUGGAGGCCACGAGACUCACCAUGUGGAAGCUGUACAAUCAGGGCUUGGGCGUCGGCGGCGGCUUCCAGCACGAGGAUGAUGGCCCCAAGCUGCCGCCCCCGCACCACCCGCUGGCUGGUGUGCCCUUCCCGCCCCAGAAGGAGGCGCUCAACCUGGAGGUAAAGGACGAGCCAUUCUUCUUUCAGCGGCCGGGGCGCCUCAAGGACUCCAUGGACCACCGCAACGACCUGCGCAACGACUUACGGAAUGACGUACGUAAUGACCUGCGCAAUGACCUCCGUAACGACUUCAGAAACGACCUGCGUAACGAUAUGCGGAGUCGCCUGGAGGACAGCACGAUACCGCCGGCAGCCAAGCGGCAAGCCCAGCAGGAGGACUCCCACGACCCCCGCCUGCCGCCGCCCACCACGCCCACCAACGCCCAGAGCGGCGCCAACAUUAAGAUCACCUCUCGGGGAGACGGCAGGAGUCAGGACCAGAGUUUAGUAGUCAGUAUGGAAAUCAACGGGACGCUUUACCAGGGUGUUCUGUUCGCCCAGGCUCCGCGAGCUCGCUUCAGCUAAGGCAGUGUCCCUGUCACCAGCCCACCACGCUGCACACUCUGGUCUGUAGCAGCAUGCAGGACGAGAGGAACAGCAGCGGACGUGACAAGAAGAGAGGCGUCUUCUUGUAUCCGCUCUGUGUCCAGCCUCGCCUCUCCUCAUCUGGCCGACCAAUGGGACAGCUUGACCUUAAUGUUACUUUGUUGAAAGUCACUGUAGCGCUUUAUGGAUAUGAUGAACCUGAAUCAGGUUACUGUAUUUAUUUAUGUAAUUAUAUUGUGUGAUGAUAGUUGUACAGCAUUGUUCUUGUGAGAGCAGGUGACACGUUCUUGUCUCUUUCUUAUUCUGUCGGUUUUAAGGUUAAAUCAAAGAUAGCCAAGUGGUGAUCUCAUGAACGGAGCCCCAGAGCUGUGUGGAUGACGCAGACGUGACCACAGUUCUCGGCGCGCUGCAGGUGACGUGCCGCCGAGCACAAGGCUGCUAUACCCACCCAGCGCACUGUUCCUGCUUCACGGCGCGUGCUGAGCGAACAGGAAUAUAUGUGCGUUUUAGUCAGUCACGAGCGACGCCUCCUUCCGCGGUGGAAGAGAACACUUCAAUGUCCAGCGGAGUGAGUUCGUCCGCUGCCGCGUCGCUCGCCCUCCACCGGUGACCACCACCACUGUGUCGCUGCCCUGGUCACCCACCUCCCCUGCUAGGACUUCCACCCACUGCCAUACAUGGAUGAUCGUUCGCCAUUGCCACGAUGACCAUCCACAGUAAGGCCCUUCCUGCUUCGUGUGGAUGCCGCCGCCGACCCGCGCCCACCACAGUCCCUUCGCCGCCUGGGCCGCCUCCACUCAAGGUUACCCAUUCGUCAUCACGGCCACUCAUCAUCCGGAGUGAAUGUGGUGCCUCACUCACCAUGAAUACUGAUUGUUAUUGUGGCAGGGAGCUUGACUAGAGAGGCUGGACAGAGGAGCCGCGUGUCUGUCAGGAAGUGCGGCUGAACUUAUCCUUUGCCCUCGAGUGUUGACCAAACUGUGCUCGGUUCCGUCUGGUGAGGCUGCCGAGUGUCGCGGUGGUGUGCAGGGUUGUCUACUGACGUGUACUGAGUUCAAGACGUUGUUUCCUCAUUGAGAAAAACGUAAUCAAUCACUUAUUCCGGUUGAGAGCUGUUGGAACUGUGCAAUAAAUCACUUUUCGUGUUGAUUAUAACGAAUGUCAAAAUUACACCGCUGUCGAACGCUCCGAGUACCUGAAUUGCAUAACGAAAAAAUUCCAGGCCACGAUUUUGGCUGAGAAAUGUUUACCCUGACUUUGUGCGCCGCCAGAAUCGUCCGGAGGCUGUUUUUGUCCCUUUGACAACUACUUUAUACUUUGUUUGUGCUAGAAUGGACUGUGUAUGUUAGUUAGUGGUUAGGUAAGAAGCAGUGUGUGUCGGGCGGGCGGGCGGUGACUUGUGCGGGAGCGAGGGACCAGUGGGCGAGGCUGGCACGAGCGCAGCAGUUUACUCAGGGAUCUUCCUCCGUGCUCACGCCCCGCGGCUCCCCACCACCUGGCCGUAACUUAGGCGUCACGUGAUGUCCUCGCCAUUGCCAUUUCAAUAGCUAUUAAGGAAACCAGUCACGUUAUGCUGGAUGUCGGCCUGACGAGCUGCCGCAGGUGACUGACCCUCCCAGGCCAGUGUUGCAAGGGGUGCUGCCGCUUGCAUCUCAGGGAGACAGGCUGGAGCUCCCGUCCUGACUGCCAGGGAGUGCGUCGUACCAGUGUUUUCAGGCGAUGCUGAUGUCCCGUCACCAGGGGAGUGAUGUCCUGGCGGGCGUCUUCACGGCAGGCCGGCGACGCCGCGCUGUGCCGGGGGGCGCGGGGCCGAGCCUGCUCCUCCCCAUCCCCCUUCGUGAAAUCUCACUGUCCUACUGUCAGCGCGUUGCUACUGUAUUAUUAUCUUAUUGAUACUUUUAAGGUUUUAAUUACUUUUAAGGUUGUUGUAAAUGAGUUGUCGUGUACAGCGACAAUCCCCGGGCCCUGUGAGGGGCGGCGGCCAGCCCACCUCCCGUCGAGACCACCCUCUCGCGUUAGCAGCGGCAGUUACUUAAAGUGAAAAUGUAAUAAAAUGUUAGUAGUAAA